GCUCCUCCGUACAAAAUGUCAUUGAGCGAACAAAACGAAAACAGGUUUCGCGAUUUUUUACAAUCACAUAGGAAAAGUGAAAACUAAUUUGAGCUAAAACCCACUUUUCCCUACAUCUCUACCGAUAAGCAAUCACAUCUUACCGUCGUGCCAAAUGUAGCCGACGCGUGGAAAACGGUGAAAUAAGCUGCAGCACACUGUUUGUUCCCGAACAUCGCCAGCCGCUGGUGGAUGUGGAUUUCCGUGGACGGGUUUUGCCAUUGGGCCAAACUGUAAACAAACCCCGCCAUCAAAACACACAUACGCAGGACGAUCUAAAGCGGUCACGUUUUGGAUUCUGGACGGGGACGGGUUUUUCUCGGGUGGUGCUUUGAUUGGAUAAGAGUUCGGAACACACCUACCGGAGGGGGGCUUACGCGGGACGCGAGUGCAUCGAAUCUGCAAGGAUGGCUGGCCACAGCCUGAACGAUGACAAAGUGCGCACCGCCGACGUCAUGGUGGAACGGAGUCUGCUGUUCGAGCGGAUGUCAUUGUCGGAACCAGUGAAGCAGGCACUAGCUCGCAACAACUUUAUACACCCAUCGCCCAUACAGGCACGGGCCGUUCCGUUGGCACGGUGUGAUUUCGAUCUACUGGUGCAAGCUAAAUCGGGCACGGGAAAAACGCUCGUAUUUGCGAUCACCAUCGCGGAAAGGCACGAUCCCGAGGUCGCUUUCCCACAAUCGCUCACGAUCGUGCCAACGCGAGAAAUAGCCGUGCAGGUGGAGACGGUGCUGAACCGUAUCGGGAGUGACUUGGGCAACUUUAAGGCACGGUCGUUUAUCGGCGGUAUGGAAAUUAGUGUCGAUCGGAAGAAUCUACAGAACUGUUCGGCCGUUGUCGGCACCCCCGGCAGAAUACUGCAUCUCAUCAAGAGCAACGUGCUAAACACGUGCUACAUCCGCACACUCGUGAUGGACGAGGCGGACACUUUGCUGCAGGCGAGUAUGCGGGGCGAUAUCGACAAAAUCGUCUGCACGCUGCCCGAAAAGCGACAAACGAUCGUGUGCAGCGCCACGUUCUACAACAACCGCGAUCGUGAGCUGCUGCGGUACAUGAACGCCAAGUUUAUCGGUGUAACGCCCAAGCGCGAGGUGCCGCUACUGUUCGGCAUAAAGCAGUUCGUGCGGGAGCUUCCGGCGGAACCGGACAACGUGAAGGAUCUGAUGGCGAAGGUGGGCGUGCUGAACGAGAUCUUCCAGCAGAUCAACUUUUCCCAGUGUGUGGUGUUUGCGAACACGAUCGCAAAGGCGGAAACGUACUGUACGUACCUAAAGAAGGCGGGCUGGCCGGCGGAAGUGAUAAACAGCAGCAUGGAGCAACGGUUCCGGCUGAAGGCGAUCGAGGAUUUCCGCUCGUUCCGGGCCCGCGUACUGAUCGCGACGAAUCUGAUCGCACGCGGCAUCGAUGUGGAGAAUGUGAAUCUGGUGAUCAAUGCGGACGUGCCGAAGGAUAAUGCCACCUACCUGCAUCGGAUAGGCCGGGCGGGGCGGUUCGGUACCAAGGGUAUCGCCGUGACGCUGGUGUCGGGCGUGAAGGAUAUGGAACGGUUCCGGCGCAUCCUGCACGAUAUCGGUGGGAAUGAGAUGUUUGUACUUAAGCUGCCGCAGGGCCAGCUGGACGAUCUGUGGCAGUUCGAACGGUACGGUGACCGGUACGAGAAGCUGUUCGCUUCCCAGAUGGUGCAGGAAAUCCGGGACAAGGACGCGGAUCAGAUGUUCUUGAAGGCGAUGAAAAUGAUUGGGGAUGAGCUGAAGAAUGGCGGUGGUGAACCGUCGGCACGAAGCAAUAACAACGACGAUUUCAAGCUGGACGAUAGUUUGGAAAAGUCAACGUCGGACGAGGAGACGGUGGUGGAGUUGGUGGAUGCUGCGAAUGGUACGCUGGAAGCGGCGCAACCCAAAGCAAAGACCACCAACGGUCAUGCGGUGGAGCUGAACGGCAAUGUGUCGCCGGGCAAACCGGAACAAACGGUCCUCCAAUCGGCCUCGUCAAAUGCGGUAGCGAUGGAUGGAUUGUCGAUGUCGAUGGAGAAGCUGAGUCUCGAUCGUGGCCUACAGUCGAACGGUGAUCGUGCCGCCAAAACGAAGCGUCUCGAUUCGCUGAACGGAAACAAAAAGCACCCGGACGGUAACGAACGGCAACACAGCGUCACGCUGGAGGAAACGGAUAAUGAUGCAAACAACGACGACGACGACGGCGAUGAUGAUGAUGAUGAGGAGGAUGAUGAUGCUCCCAAACCGGGACCAUCGAAGAAUGGCGUAAAACCAGCAGCAGCAGUCGUUCCAGCCGCCACGUUAAGGGGCAAUCUAUCGACCCCGGUACCUGACGCGGAAGGAGCGCCGCUGUUGCUCCUGCAGGGUAGCACCAUCACAACCAUCGUCACCCGGAACGGUGGUGACGAAUCGGACCUCGAAAGCAGCUCCUCGCUUAGCACGAACGUCACGGAAAAGGUGGAGGUGGGGUCGGACUUUAACGCACAGAUGUCACGGCUCAACCAGAUACCCGAUCCACGCUUCCGGCAGAUCGGUUCGGUCGACUGUUCCGACAUCGAUCACAGCUCGGACAGUGAAGCGAACGGGGGCGAAUGUCCACCGUUCGAAGCGAACAAUGAUGCACUGUUUGCGAAGAUUAUGGAACAGAAGGAGCUCGGCGUGGAACAUCCCGAGCAUCAGGUGCAGCUGCAUUCGAUCGAUGGCUGCAGUUUGGAGGUGCACGACGAUACGAUCAGCGAUCGGGGCCUAACGCGCAAAUGCUCCGUCCCCGAUGUGGUACCGUGCGGCAUAUCGCUCGAUUCGUCCCGCCUGCACGGGGGCACUCAUCGUGGCGUGCUGGCGGAAGAGAUCGGUGAGAAUGGGGAGGAAGGGGAGGAGAUCGAGCUAAACUCCAACACGUGUGGUUCGAACCGUGGAUCGCUGUUCGAGGAAGAGGUGGAGGAUGUUAUACAGGCGAACCUACCGAACCGGAUCCGGUUCCAGCAGCAAGAUUCGCUCGAAGUGAACUCGAAUACGGUCGGCUCGAACGUUGGCUCCACGCCGGAACCGCCCGAGAUGCUGGAUCAGCAAUCACUUCCCAUCAUCAACCCGAUCGAAGCCGAUCCGAUUGGUCCGAUCGGGCCGGAAUGUGCGUCACACGACGUGGACGAUAUGAUGGAUGAUGCGAGCUCCUACUCGUCGUACGAUAGCGAUGCGUCCAACUCGUCCUUCUUCGACGAUGUGGACCGCGUUUCCGUUGCAUCGGCCAAAUCAACACCCAAAGAGAACGCGGCGCUUGCGUCCACCGAUCCAAUGCUGGGAGGCGGUGCAGCGGCCGUCGCCGGACCGACCGGUAGCAUGGAGCAGAUUGGAGCUGUACCAUCGAAUUCGGUGUCGGUAGCCGCCUCGCCACAUCUCUUUACCGUUCCAAGCAUCCCAACGCCACCGCUUCUCGUUAGCGGAAUAAUACCGCCGGUGGCCAGCAGCACGGUUGCGGGCGGCGUUAAUGCACCCCCGGCGCAGCCCAUCAUCGAUGAGGAGCGUACGACCCGGUCGCCCGCGUUUAUGGCACGAAUGGAAAAUCUGCUACCACCCUUCCACCCGACGAUGGCGCCCGGAGUGGCAGCUGGAGCGACCGGUGCUACCAGCACGGUGCCUCCGAUGCGUAGUGAUGCUCACGCAACCUCACUCUACCAUCGGACGUACGCCCUGUGGAGCAAUCAGUACUGGAACCAGCUGACGCAAAUUAACGAUUACGUGCGGUUCGCGACUUAUGCACGGCGCAAUGCUUACCGGAGUCCUUAAGCACAACAGCCACAUCCGCUCCCAAUCAAAGCGGCACUCAUUGCCCAAAACGGAGGAGAAAGGAUCAUCAGCUUACGGGAUGAUCUGCUAUCAGCAAGCGGCGACAACAACAUACACCACGUGAGGAGCGAGCGGAAGCGUACGGACAGGCAAGGCAAGUAGUAAUGGCAAAUUAAAUUUGUGAUCUGAAUGUUAUAAAACAAAAACAAUCCUAAAAGCGUUACGUUACACACCACAUAUACCCCUUUUACUAACACGAAAGGCAUAUAACAACACUAAAACACACGCGUUCUGCCGCUGACCGAAACUCGCACGUAAUAUUAUUCUAGAAUUAAAGCGAGAGAAAGCGGGAAACGAGAUUAGUACAGGUACGGGAGAUACGAAAACCAGUUAAAGUAAUGUUUAAUCUACUAACAUUUACCAGCAGAAGCGAAAGAGCCGGCUCUAUAUACAGCCGACGCAUCGCAGUCGUUCGCAGCAAGGACGCCUCCAGGCUUCCGGGCUCACAAACAAAAAUCGUAAAAAAGGAAUACAUCUUUCUUCCUAGGACUGAUAUUGGCAGUAACGGCAGAUAAAGCGCGGUUAGGAGUUCGUAUCGGAUAGCAGAAGCCAGAGAGCCGCCGAGCAAAAGGGCCUUGCUUGUGCUUGUUUUGCUUCUUCUUUUUUUAACACAAUAACUAUUCCAAGCUUUGAAGUGUUCGAACGAAGCAAGCAACGACGGUGGUUCUUACUAAGCUAAGAGGGGAACACGGUACGAGAACAGACAGCUAGUGGCAGAGAGCUUCUAAAGCUGGACCACCCGGUGUUUUAUGGGCUCUGCUCUAGGCUGCCAGUGAAAUAAUAGGGAUUUGCUUUUUUUUAAGCUGGCAAAAACCACUACCAUGUUUUUGGUUUUUGUGCAUCAUUAUUGUUUGGUUGAUUGUUUUCUUUACUUCCGUUUUUCUUUUUAAUGAAUUCACCGUGCAAAAAGGGGAAACAUUAAUCACUCUAUCGUGUAUCAGUGUAUUGAAUACAAACUAAGUGCUGAAGAGAAAAUAAAAAAACCAUUGUAUAACUAGUUCCAACGCAAA